CAUAAUCAAUAGUGGUCAUUUGGUAUCUCUUAUAAGUUUGCCAGAGAAGCUUUUAAAAUUAAAUAGUUGUCCUUAUCUAGAUGGCUGAAUUUACCAAGUAACUUUUAAAAAAGAUGAGUUAAGAUUAGCAGGUGAUUUAGCCACAUGAAUAAAUACUGUAAACAUGAUUUGUAACCAUGAUCAAAUCAUUACUCUUUCUUUACUCUCAACAAAUGAAAGUCGGUACACUGCACUGGUAUAUUACAAUGAAUAUUAUUAACACAAGUCCCUUUAUCUCUUAUAUGACUUAGAAUGAUGAGAAAUCCUCCCAAAUUUUAGCACCACAAGCCCUUUAUAAGUAAAGCCUAAAUUGUCUUGACUGGUCAUUGAAAUAUAUUUAAAUCUUAUUUUUUGUAAUUAUGAUCAUUUCAUAUGAAAUGGCCUCUCAUAUGAAAUACUCAUUGGGAUAAAUGAUUUACUAUUUAAUUCUGUUUUUCAGACAGCAUAGAAUAGAAGAUGUUCAUAUAAUGCAUGUAACUGAAAAAAAAGAAGAAAUCAAACAUGAAAAAAAACCUGGAAAAAGUAUACAACAUUCAGUUCGGAGAGGACGUGUGUAUUAUGCUAAAUUCAUUAACACAAAUGCAAGAACAUUCAAUGAACCAGUUCCCUACAUAGAUCCCAAAAAAGGGCCAGAAGAGCAGGGUGACUGGUGGUCACAUGAUAAAGACCUGGAGCAUCCCUUCCAACCACCUUACGACAGUAAAAGCACCCAGAGGAGUGACUUUAAAAAAUCAACAUGUCCAUUGGUUUUACCAAUCAAACACAGCAAGUGGCAAAAGCCUUCUUGUGGAAUAGUUCCACUUGCCUCUCCUGAUGCAUCAGCAGAACUUCAAAAGAAUUUUAUAGAACACAUCUCUUUUAUACAUAAAUAUGAUGCAAGGAAAACUCUCAAUGAGCCCAUCCUAGGAAAGCGACAUGGAGCAUUUGUGCACACAGAGAUAAAACCAGGGAGUAGGCCAACAAUUCCUAAGGGAACAGAGGUAUUACUGAAUGCUCCAGGGUCAUGCUCAUCAGAACAGUCCAAAAAAACAGAGAAAGGAAAUUCAGCGGAAAGCAAAAUGAUCUCACCCUGUUUCUGCCCACAAAAUUCCCAAGAGCUGUUAGAGACUAAAGCCCACUUAUCAGAAACAGACGUCAGAGAGGCAGCCACAGCAUGCCCCAGAAGUCCUGACAGGGUGAAGAUUACAGAUGUCUUUCAAACAACUGCAGUAAAUGCUUCUAUCAGGCACAAGCCUUUAAAUCCACCAAUAAAAAGUCAGGAUAAAUCAGGAUGAAUUAACCUUCUUCAAAUAAAAACAUAACUCUUGAAAUGUAGAGAAAUUUCAGAAUCAUGAUACAGGCCUUUGCAUUUGCUUUUUAUCUUAUCAAUAACCUCAAAAAUUUCAACUUACAUAAAUAGGGUAAUGAAAAAAGGUAAUUAAAAUACACCAGAGUUUUAAGAGUAGUCUCUAGUGAAUGAUAGAUUAUAAGACUAUUUCUAUGUUAUCUUAUAGUACAGUAUUUAUAAACAAAACAACUCUGUUUUGCACAAAAUGAACAUAAUUAACAAAUAUUACAAAACUUUUAGAGGAGAGGCCCUGUUAGUCAUCACUCAUGGCUCUGGAAUCAAACCAGGACUAGAAUUUCGGCUCCAUCACAUAUGAGCUGUGCAAACUUGGGUAAAUUACUUAAGCUCUCUCAACUUCAGUUUCUGCAUUUGUACAAUUAGGAUAAUAAUACCAAGUUCAUAGCUUUACUAAGCAUGAGAUCAGUAAGUGAAAAAUGUAAUCACAUUACUACUAUUACUACAAUUUGAAUUUCAAUUUAAGGAUAAUGUUCUCCUACAAAUAUAAAUUUUCCUCCUUAUUCUAAAAUUUUGAACUCCUCUAUAUAAAUGAAGAGUGUGUUUCUCAUGGUAUAAGACACACACACAUGCACAACCUUAAUUAAAAGACAUAUGGGUAUCUA